AUGGCUAUGAGUUGCGGAGGUUCUUCCGGCGAUCAAAGAACCAUUGGAUACUACGAAAGUUGGGCGAUGGAGCGUUCUUGCGACAAGUGGACGCCCGAAGAUAUCGACGCAUCUUUGUGGACUCGUAUCAAUUAUGCAUUUGCAUUGGUUGGAUCUGACAACUGCAUCUCGUCUAUGAAUUCCUAUAACGCCGACCUCUACCCCCGAGUCACUGCCUUAAAAAAGAUGAACAGCGGGUUAAAAGUUUACAUUGCUGUCGGCGGUGAGGCUGCAGGAGGUGCCGGUUUUUCUUGUAUAGUCUCCUCGGCCUCUUCAAAAGCAACUUUCAUUCAGUUAGCCUUAGCUUUUAUAAGCAUAUACGCCUUUAAUAGCAUUAAUAUUAACUAG